CGGGCCGGGGCGGCCGCGGCGGCGGCGGAGGAGGCGGGGCGGGCGCGGCGGGUGCUGCCCCCUGCCGGGCCGCGCCGGCAACUGCGCGGCCGCCGCCACCGGGGAGCGGGCCGGCCCGGCGGGGGCCGCGGCCAUGAGCGCCGCGCUGGUGGGGUACAGCAGCUCCGAGGAGGAGCAGGAGCGGGAGGAGGAACGGGGGAGCCGGGGCGGCGGCGCGCAGGGGUCUCCCGGGGCCAGCUCCGGCCGUCCCCGCCUGCCCGUGCCCGCCGGCCUGCCGGGAGACCCGGACCCGGAGGAGGCGGUGAGCGAUGACAGCUCCCGGCACGGCGGCCGCGUGCGCGGCUUCCCCCACGAGCGGGGCAACUGGGCCACGCACGUCUACCUGCCCUACAUGGCCCAGGAGGAAUUCCUGGAGCUGCUGGAGCUGCUGGUGUCCCGUGCCCGCACCUACGUGCCGUCGCUGGCUCCCAUGGAGGAGUUCCACCUGAGCCUGUCGCAGUGCGUGGUGCUGCGCUACCACUGGAUAGAGCCCUUCGUUCGCUCCCUCAGGGAGCGCCUGGCCGCCUUCCACAGAUUCUUCUGCGUGGCUGACCAAGUGAAGGUUUACACCAACCAGAACAAAACCAGGACCUUUAUUGGCUUGGAGGUCUCAGCUGGGCAUUUCCAGCUGCUGGAGCUGGUCUCGGAGGUGGACAGAGUUCUACAGGAAUUUGACCUUCCCACAUUCUACAAGGACCCUUCGUUCCACAUCAGCUUGGCCUGGUGCGUCGGGGACCUGUCUGGCAGGCUGGAAGGGCAGUGUCUGCGGGAGCUCCAGGACAUUGUGGACGGGUUUGAGGAGUCAGCAUUCCUGCUGCGUAUCCAGUGGGAGCAAAUCCGCUGCAAAUCAGGGAACAAGUACUUCUCCUUUCCCUUGAGGUAGAGGCGAGUGGGGCUGUGCAUUUUGGAGCCUCGAGGAGCCUGAUGCUGGACUAAGGAUUCUUGUGUAGCACAGCUCUGGGUACGUGGGCUGUCACGCACCUCCACGCCCUUCUUGCCUGCUCAGCGUCUCUGCGGUGUUUGUGGCCUCAAGUUGAGCCACUUCCAGAGCUGCUGGCUGAAGAAAACUGUGUUUGUAGCAGAUUUCAUCCUCGCUGCUGGAUGUGCUGCAGUCAGCACCGGCGAUUCCAGACAUCCCACGGUCUCUAGUUCUGCUGAUUUAAAAAAAAAAAAGAAAAAAAAAAUCUUCAAAAGCCAUAGAUGCCUUAUGGGAAGGAGGAAGAAGGUAGCGUGGGAAGCUGCUACUAAAAGGGAGAAUGUCUCACACAGUGGGAAGUAGCACUACCAGAUUGUUGGGAGGCUCUGGGCAUGUUUUGAGUCGCACGAGGCAAGGACAUGGAGCUGGAUCCUCUUCCCUGAGUGUUUUCCUACUGUAAGCCAGCUCGGACAGAUCCUGAGUCAUGGUGUGUCCCUCUCACACUGCUGCUGCCUGUGUAGAGACAUUUCAGUGUCUGAUCCUUUUGCCAAACAACAAGUGCUUGCUGCCAGGUGUGGGUGAGCCCUGGAACAGACACUGUCAGUGUUUGCCUGAGCUGGGAGGGCAGUGCCCACUGGUGAGUCAAGGGGUGGUGGCUCCUGCCCAGGCUGCACACUUUUUCCCUGUGGGAUCAGCACCCCAGGUGGAUGAUGGCCCAGGGAUUGCAGGCUGGCCAUUGUCCCUUGGGAGAAGCUCCUUUUUAAUCCUUUUCCUCCUGCGAGUUGGUCUCAGGUAGUUGGAACAGGAUGCUGAUGUGAUGCCCUGAGUCUUUUAUUCCAUGUCUGUCCAGGACUUCUGAGCAGUAAAAAUCUGUCUCCCCAUGUCAUAAAA